UUCGCAUUGAACUUGACUUGGAUCGCCUCCUGAGGCCAGAGGGCGCCAUGGGCCGCUACCGCGUCCGCGUGGUCACUGGGGCCUGGCUCUUCUCGGGAUCCGUCAACCUGGUGCGUCUGUGGCUGGUCGGGGCGCACAGGGAGGCGAGGCUGGAGCUGCAGCUGCGGCCAGCGCGGGGCAAGGAGGAGGAGUUUGAUUUCGAUGUUGCCGAGGACUUGGGGCCACUGCAGUUCGUGAAACUGCACAAAGAGCACACAGUUGUGGACGACGCCUGGUUCUGCAACCUCAUCACAGUUCAGGGGCCCGGGAUGAGCGCAGAGGCCGUCUUCCCCUGCUACCGCUGGGUGCAGGGAGAAGGAAUCCUGAGACUGCCGGAGGGGACAGCCCGUCUGGCAGGAGACAAUGCCUUGGAUGUCUUCCAGAAGCAUCGAGAGAAGGAACUGAAGGAAAGACAACAGACCUACCGCUGGGCCACCUGGAAGCAAGGCUUACCUCAGACAAUAGCAGCAGACUGUAAGGAUGACCUCCCUCCAAACAUGAGAUUCCAUGAGGAGAAGAGACUGGACUUUGAAUGGACGCUGAAGGCGGGGGUUCUGGAAAUGGGCCUCAAACGUGUUUAUACCCUCCUGAGAAGCUGGAACCGUCUGGAAGACUUUGAUCAGAUCUUCUGGGGCCAGAAGAGUGCCUUGGCUGAGAAGGUUCACCGGUGUUGGCAGGAAGAUGAGCUCUUUGGCUACCAGUUUCUCAAUGGCGCCAACCCCAUGCUGUUGAGACGCUCCACCUCUCUGCCCUCCAGACUGGUACUGCCCCCUGGGACAGAGGAGCUUCAAGCGCAGCUGGAGAAAGAACUCAAGGAUGGAUGCCUGUUUGAGGCUGACUUUAUCCUGCUGGAUGGAAUUCCAGCUAAUGUGAUCCGAGGAGAACAGCAGUACCUGGCUGCCCCUCUUGUCAUGUUGAGGAUGGACCCCAGUGGGAAGCUGCUCCCCAUGGCUAUCCAGAUUCAGCCUCCCAAUCCCAGCUCCCCAGCUCCAACAUUGUUCCUGCCCUCAGAUCCUCCACUUGCCUGGCUCUUGGCUAAGAUCUGGGUCCGAAAUUCAGAUUUCCAACUGCAGGAGCUCCAAUUCCAUUUGCUGAACACUCAUCUGGUGGCUGAGGUCAUUGCUGUUGCCACCAUGAGGUGCCUCCCAGGACUACACCCUAUCUUUAAGCUCCUAGUUCCGCACAUCCGUUACACUAUGGAAAUUAACACACGGAGCCGGACCCAGCUCAUCUCAGAUGGAGGGAUAUUUGAUCAGGUAGUGAGCACAGGUGGAGGCGGCCAUGUUCAGUUGCUCACUCGGGCAGUGGCUCAGCUGACGUACUGCUCCCUCUGUCCUCCCGAUGAUCUGGCUACCCGAGGCCUGCUGAGAGUCCCAAGUGCCCUCUACGCUCAGGAUGCUUUGCAGCUCUGGGAGGUCACUGCCAGGUAUGUGAACGGGAUGGUCCAUCUCUUCUACCAGAGUGACGAUAUUGUGAGGGGAGACCCAGAGCUGCAGGCCUGGUGUCGGGAGAUCACUGAGGUGGGGCUGUGCCAUGCCCAGGACAGAGGAUUCCCUGUCUCCUUCCAGUCCCGGGCACAGCUCUGCCAUUUCCUUACCAUGUGUGUUUUCACAUGUACUUCCCAGCAUGCUGCCAUCAACCAGGGCCAGCUGGACUGGUACGGUUGGGUACCUAAUGCUCCAUGCACAAUGAGGAUGCCUCCACCAACCAGCAAGGACGAUGUGACGAUGGAGACCAUCAUGGGCUCACUCCCUGAUGUUCAGAAGUCCUGUCUGCAGAUGACCAUCACAUGGCACCUGGGCCGCCUCCAGCCAGACAUGGUACCUCUAGGACACCACAAAGAAAAGUAUUUCUCAGACCCAAGGACCAAAGCUGUGCUCAGCCAAUUUCAAGCAGAUCUGGAAAAUUUGGAGAAAGAGAUUACAGCCCGGAACCAGCAGCUUGACCUGCCCUACGAAUACCUCAAGCCUAGCCGUAUAGAGAACAGCAUCACCAUCUGAGGCAGAGCCACUGGGACCCAGAAGACUUCGUCAGCUCUAGGACCGCCACUACCCACUUGAUUAUGUGCCUUCUUAUGUCUGCUGCUGAGACUCAAAUUCCUCUUCUGACCGAACACAUCAGCAUUCUACUACGGGGCACUGAAUGUUUUGCUGUUAAGAGGAACAGUUUAGUCUUUGGAGGACCACCCACUUUCUACCACAAUUACUUAGCUCUCUCACUGUACCACUAAGGCAGCCACCAACAUUAUGUGUGUGUGUGACUACGUUCCAAUAAAGCUUUAGGUAUGGACACUAAGAUAUGAACUUUGCAAGUCACCGGGUAGUCUUUCCGCCUUGUUCUGCCAUUUAAAAACAAAACAAAGCCAGGCGUAGUGAUGCACUCCUUUAAUCUCAGCACUUGGGAGGCAGAUGCAGCAGAUCUGAGUUCAAGAAGAGCCUGACCUACAGAGUGAGCUCCAGGACAGCCAGGGCUGAAACCCUGUCUUUACAAACAAAACAAAACAAGUACAAAAACAAAAGUGCUUUGCAUGAGUUCAGGUUAGAUUUGGUCUAACCUCAAACAAGCCUCAGACCCCAUUUUCAAAACACCCAAGAGCCAUGGCUGAGGAGAGGAAAAUUAUAUUUCUGGAUGAAGUCAGCUACUUCAGCUAAUUCUCCUUCGCCAGGAACCAGACCUCAUGCUUGAUGGCCAACGUGUAAAUUCCAGACUCUUCCCCUCCACCCCCUACUUUCCCAUUUUGAACCCACUUUGAACACAUACCCUAAAUAGAUCUAAAUAAAGGUGUUGCUGGUCCCAAAU